AUGUCAGUCGAAAGAAAAAGUUCAAAGUCUGAAAUAAACGAUAUAACAAAUUCCAAACAAGCUGAUGAAAAUGCCUCUCAGAAAAUUGAGGAAACAACUUUGGAAAAUACUAAUGAGGAAACAACUUUGGAAAACACUAAUGAGGAAACGCAAUCCGGAGCCUAUAACCCAGAAACUGGUGAAAUCAAUUGGGAUUGUCCAUGCCUAGGAGGUAUGGCCAAUGGUCCUUGUGGAGAGCAAUUUAAAGCAGCGUUUUCAUGUUUUAUAUAUUCGAAUGCUGAACAAAAAGGUGCCGAUUGCUUAGAAGCUUUUAGAGAAAUGAACGAUUGCUUCAAAAAAUAUCCUGACGUAUGA